AUGGCAACAGCUUUAGCUCAGUCGACCAAUUUGGUUUCGUUGGCUCCGACGCUGAUUAGCUCCCAAUCUAAAAGGACUAAUGGUAGUAGCCGCAAUAGAUCCUCAACCACAAUUUGUGUUUCUCAGCAGGCGGAUACACCUCCGAGGUUCAAUUUGAACUUUUCUUCCCGACAGCGUUCGGGCAAGGCGCUGGUUUCAGAUAUCAAACUUCAUUUCCAACAAGUGCAGCAUGAGGAACAACAGCACUGUGAUUCAGUCGUAGAGGAUGAAGACGUUGAUGAUUUGAUCAUGACUCAGAUUCUUGGCUUUAUUGAUGGUCGUUGUCCUGAGCCUGCUCCGAAUUCACUUUUGCAUUUUCGUUGGAAACAAGUUGAUUCAACAGUGAAAUCUUGGAUCUUAGCUGCCAUGUCUAGUGAUCUUGUUGCUGGUUAUAUGUAUAAUCUUAGUUCUAAGCAACUGUGGGAUGAUCUAGCUGAAAAAUAUGGAGGAAUGAGCACCACGUACUCUAGUUCUUCCAAAACUAUUGGUGGAGAUACAUCUGGUAACAAUACAGCUCUAGCUGUAAAACCUUUAUCUAAACCUGGUGGAACCUUCCACAAUGGACAAGUUAACAAGCUGAUAGGGAAUAAUAACUGGAAGAGAAGAAGUGAUGGUGUAAUUGAUACCAGGUGGUGUACUUUCUGUCAGAGGCCUGGGCAUGAGAAAGAGAACUGCUUCAAGAUCACUGGUUAUCCUGAAUGGUUUAAACCAAAAACUGGUCAAGGUUUUGGCAAUAAUGGAGCUUUCAAUAACAGUUCUGGUGGAAACGCUAAUACCAGGGCCUUUGCUAACGCUGCUGAAGUUGAGUCUCCUCUUGAUGCAGGGCGUAACACUGUUGGAGAUGUGCAACUCAUGGCUAAACAGAUAUCAAACCUACAACAAGAAUUCAACAGGCUGUUAAAGGGCAAAGAUCCACUUGGAGAUCAGACUCAACACUUUGCCAAUUUUGCUUACAUGCAAGAUUUUGCAGAUAUCAAACUUCAUUUCCAACAAGUGCAGCAUGAGGAACAGCAGCACUGUGAUUCAGUCGUAGAGGAUGAAGACGUUGAUGAUUUGAUCAUGACUCGGAUUCUUGAGAACGAGUUGAUUCGUGAGGGGGAAUGUGUUGGUGCUCUUGUUGCUAAGAUAUUAAGGGAGAUAUUAAAGGGUGAUGAUUUGGGUGAAAUUCAGACAUGGAUGAAGGAAAUGGUGUUUAGCGCAGUGGAAUUAGGAUUAAGCACAUAUGCAGAGAUGGAUGAUGGUGGUAAUAUAUUCGAAAAAUAUUGUACAAAUAUGACACAGCUUGCCAAACAGGGGAGAUUGGAUCCUGUAAUUGGAAGGCAGGAACAAAUUGAGGGUGCUUGA